AAAAUUUUUUCCGUCCGUCCGGCGUCCGGAACGCGCGGGCGUUCGACCGGUAGAAAAAAGAGAUGCCGUGUCGUUGAAGCUUAGAGGGAUUUCGACUUUCGAGGGGUGUCUUCGGGGAUGGAGGCGAUCUGCGGCGCCUCGUGGCGAUCCCGGUCGGCGCCCGCUGGCCGCUUACCGGAGAGAUCGCGCCGCCGAACAUUGUCUUCUUCACUCCCUCCGCCGGCGAGGGUGGCUGUGAGGUCUGAGUCCGGAGCCAACAGGAUGUUCGUGUUCGGGACGGGGUUCGUCGGCCGUUACGUGUCGGAUCGGCUGAAGAAAGAAGGGUGGCAGGUUUUUGGGACUUGCACUAGUCCGAGCAGCAAGAGAGUACUUGAGGAGAUGGGAUUAGAAGCAUUUAUUUUUGAUGUGCAUAAUAGCAAGUUGAGGAGUCUUCAUAUGCUGCAACAUGCAAGUCAUCUUCUUAUCUCCAUCCCACCUAUUGUAGGCAUUGGUGAUCCUUUGCUCUGUUUACAUGAAGACUUGCAAGGUUCACUUAGUCAUGGAAAUCUUCAGUGGCUAUGUUACCUGUCCUCCACAAGUGUUUAUGGAGAUUGUGGUGGUGCUUGGGUUGAUGAGGACUACCCUGUAAAUCCUCAAAAUGAGUCAGCUAAGUCAAGGCUUGCAGCAGAGAAAGGAUGGCUGGCUCUAGGUCGUGAGCUUGGUGUGAUAGUUAAUGUAUUUCGACUAGGAGGAAUCUAUGGGCCUGGAAGAAGUGCUUUGGAUACCAUACUGAAACGGGAGUCCUUGUUAGAAGGACAAAAGAGGAGGGAAACUAGGCUUUACACAGCACGGGUUCAUGUUUCUGACAUCUAUCAGGCAAUCAAGGCCAGCUUUGACAUCCCAUCUUCAGGUAAAUUAGUUAUAACGGCAACCUUGCAAAGGUGGAUUAGGCAAAUGCCCUGGCAGUCACACCCCCUCUCCUUGGGGAGUUUCCAGGAAAAUAUACAAUGUCGUUGAUGAUGACCCUGCUCCAAGAGCAGAAGUGUUUGCCUUUGCAGAGGCCUUGAUCGAGAGAAGAUGGCCCCACAUGGCAAGCAGGUCCGCAUGUGGUAGUGUGGAGGAUUUAAAAUCUCUGAAGGAAAGCAUGCGUGGUGAGAAGCGUGUGUCAAAUGCCCGUCUAAAGAGGGAUCUUGGUGUUAGGCUUAGAUAUCCAACCUACAGGUUGGGGCUCCAGAGCAUUUUGGAUUCGUGGGAACCACAUCCUGAAUAGGCAAUGGAAAAUCGAGAGGAUUUACAUCCUGAUGCUGGCUGCAUGAAUGAUGUAAUUAAUAUCAGGCUUAGCAGUCCAUUCAGAACUUGCAGACUUGUCCUGAAACAGUUGGCUGAGCAAUUUCCUGCAAAGAGCGAGAGCUAGCAGAAUGUGUUGUACCUCGUGAGCCAGGAUCCAUGCUUAAAUUCAUCCAUGUUGUUGUAAAGCGUAGGAGCUACAUAACAUACCAACCUGACCUUAUCCGGAGCGGUUCAACUAAUGCAGGUCAUGUCUUGGUUGGGCCCAGCCAGCUGUCCUAUCAAGGAUUUUGGCACAGGUUUUUGCCGGAUAGCCAGCCAAUGGCGCUCCCACCUCAACCGAAAACAACUGCAGCAGUGUGGCAAAGCGCCUUUCCGAAGUGCGAGGAAGAGUGGAUGCGUGCAAGAGCGGAACUCUUCCACGCAAACAUCCAUUAAUAUUAAUGAUAUUUUAAAGGGGCUGCUGCUUUUGCUUUACCUUUAGCUUUUACAGUAACUUUCCUUGCGUGGGCAGCGAGACGAUAUCACCUCAAAUUUGUUAAAAUAUGUUCUGUUGUAAUAUGUUAUUAUCUUGAACAAAAACCUCAUUAUGUACGGCAACCUAGUGUUAACCUCCAUUUCAUGUACAGCAACCUAUGGUUUGCCUGGACAACUGUCUAACUGCUUCAAAUAUAAAUAUUCAAAGACACAGGAAGUCAGGUUGGUCGCUACCAAA